CUAUACAAACAGAUGAUUAAAUGAUCAUACUUUCUCUUUGACUGGCUUCCAUGGAGGUGAAGAACUGCUGCAUGGUGACAGAGUUCAUCCUUUUGGGAAUCCCACACACAGAGGGGGUGGAGAUGACACUUUUUGUCUUAUUCUUGCCCUUCUAUGCCUGCACUCUACUGGGAAAUGUGUCUAUCCUUGUUGCUGUUAUGUCUUCUGCUCGCCUUCACACACCUAUGUAUUUCUUCCUGGGAAACUUGUCUGUGUUUGACAUGGGUUUCUCCUCAGUGACUUGUCCCAAAAUGCUGCUCUACCUUAUGGGGCUGAGCCGACUCAUCUCCUACAAAGACUGUGUCUGCCAGCUUUUCUUCUUCCAUUUCCUCGGGAGCAUUGAGUGCUUCUUGUUUACGGUGAUGGCCUAUGACCGCUUCACUGCCAUCUGUUAUCCUCUGCGAUACACAGUCAUCAUGAACCCAAGGAUCUGUGUGGCCCUGGCUGUGGGCACAUGGCUGUUAGGGUGCAUUCAUUCCAGUAUCUUGACCUCCCUCACCUUCACCUUGCCAUACUGUGGUCCCAAUGAAGUGGAUCACUUCUUCUGUGACAUUCCAGCACUCUUGCCCUUGGCCUGUGCUGACACAUCCUUAGCCCAGAGGGUGAGCUUCACCAACGUUGGCCUCAUAUCUCUUGUCUGCUUUCUGCUAAUUCUUUUAUCCUACACUAGAAUCACGAUAUCUAUCUUAAGCAUUCGUACAACUGAGGGCCGUCGCCGUGCCUUCUCCACCUGCAGUGCUCACCUCAUUGCCAUCCUCUGUGCUUAUGGGCCCAUCAUCACUGUCUACCUGCAGCCUACACCCAACCCCAUGCUGGGAACUGUGGUACAAAUUCUCAUGAAUCUGGUAGGACCAAUGUUGAACCCUUUGAUCUAUACCUUGAGGAAUAAGGAAGUAAAAACAGCCCUGAAAACAAUAUUGCACAGGACAGGCCAUGUUCCUGAGAGUUAGUAAGAGCAGAUAAAUGGAUGCAUGGGUCUGGAAUUCCUUUUGCUUUGACCUAAGAAAUUUCAUUCUGGAAUCUUCAUAUGUGACAAUGACUUGGAAUUUUCAGCACUGUGCUGAAUGAUAUGGACCAUUAUGCUAUAUAUAAUACAUUAUCUUUUUGCAAUAUUUUAUUUUAUUAUCUAGGUUCUGCCUCUUCACCUAUCUUCAAAGUCAUAUAGUCUUGGUUAUUGUUACUUUGCCUUUCUUCUAUAGAGAAUUGCCUGUCCCUGGAAGGAAGAUCUUUUCCAUCGUGCCAUUUUUUUUUUUUUUUGCACCACUUUUCUCAAUUUACUCCCCUCAUACUAUUUGUGAGACAAACCUAUAGGGAAAGGCAAUAAAAAGAAGAAAAGAGAUUUUAAAUAACUGAGAGAAUAAUAUAAUUUUAAAAAUAUAUUAACAGACUAAGGACUAGAGUCAAGAUGCAGUGUUUUUUUUUUUUUCCUCCCCAAAUGUCUGGAAAGGGAAUAACUUAGAAUUUAUCAGCAAGGAUGUUCAUCCCAUGUCUGACCCCAUGCCUGACUGCUCUGUCUAAACAUUUUUAGGCAGAUUGGGUCAGCCCCACUGCCUAAGGAAAGUAAAAAGCAUUGUGUCUAGUAUAUUAGAUUUGGGUCUGUUUCCAUCUUGCUACCAGCUAUUAGUGUGGCAAGUAGUGUGGUAACAAUUUAGUAGCUUUAUCAGGUCAGGCUAAUGGCUUGGGCCAGUGGCUCUCCAAACCUGAUUCAAGGAGCCCCAGACUCCAGUGAAUUUAUCCUGAGAUUUCCAUGUUAAAUAUACUUAGUGAGAACUUUCUGUUUAGUUAUCAUAUGUAUUAGAUUUCUAGGUAAGAUUCUACUGGAGAAAGUUUGAAAGCUUCUGGACUUUUUGAUCUCUGGGGUACCUUGUAAGAUUAAAAAAUAUGAUGUGUAUAUUUUGUUUCUACCCAUAACUUUAAAGGUGUUUCUGCCUUUUCUUUAACACCUGAACCUCACCCUUACCUCUUGGAUAUUCAUUUGAGCUUGCUAGACUUGGUAAAGCUUCAAGGAUCAUUUCAUUACCUACCAAACAAUUCUGCUCUUCCAAAAAAAAUUGUAAAGAAAAUAUUUAUACUUACAUUUGGCCUCAUGCAACAUCCUCAUUUUUUGAUGUGCAUCAAAGUUAUCUACUUUGGCUCAAAAACAGCUACACAGAAGCUUUGUGGAGCCACUGAUUAGAUCUGAAAUCCCACAGAAGACAGAGACACUCAGCAUUUUCCUGGAUUCGUUGUGUUGACUGCCUAGGGUACACAUAAUUUUACCUCUUUACACCUCUUACCAAAAUACUAAGCACCGUGUUAUUAAAAUUCCAACUAGAAAGCUUCCCCAUCCACUGUGAUGUAACGAAAAUAAAUUCAGCUUCAUAUUCUCCUUUUUAUCCCUUUUCAAAAACUCCUAAGCAUGACACCCGAAUUGCAAAGCCUCCUGCCAGAAUUCUCUGUAUCCUUGGAACUGUCAAGUAUAUAAUUGUCUUAGUAGCCUCUUCACUCAUUUGUGCCUUAAAUUUCUGUCUUUGGUUCAGUAGUAUGAAGAUUGUCUUUUAUAGAGCCCUGAUUAUUUGUCAGAUAUUAUCAUAAAUGCUGUGUAAAACUAUCUCAUUUAAUCCUCAAAACAAUCUUUGAUAUUUGUGCUAUUGUUCCCAUUUUACUGUGAGAGGCCCAGGAUAUGAAUGCAAGGAUUUUACGCUUAAACACUAAGAAACUGCUUCCAAAAUGCUUAAAAAUCUUUCCAACUAAGAAGAGAUAAGAAACCAAGAGGGAGCAGUUGACUUCAUCCAUGCCAGCCCAAGAAGCAUCUUACAUCCAAGAUAAAGAUAUUUUCUCCCACUCUUAUGAAGGAAAUGGUAACCAAGGGAGUCAAUGGUGGGCUUAACUCCAGAACGUAGAUGGCAGAGGCCUCAAGUGGGCAAGGCAUCUCACUGCGGCAGAGGCCAGGGUGAGAAACGAUUAGGCAUACGAAGAGGGACACAGCAACGGAGACUCAAAAAAGAAGGGCCACACAGGAAUCAGAAGUGCCACAUCUUCAUGUCUUCUUCCAGUAAAAAACAGACAAGAGCCAUAGAUGAAGGCACUGGAAUCUUUGUAUCACUGAGGAUUGCUGGAAGGAGGAGAGAUGACUGAGAAUACAAAAAUCAGCAACAGCUUGAAAGAAAGCUCUGUCUCCAAACACCCACCAUAUGCCUUCUUCUGUCACCUGUGCUCCACUUCUCUCGUUAGGAAGUUUCCUGACCAAUGUAAGGAGAUGGCUGUUGAUUUUCAGUUACUGAUUUCUCACCCGAUCUGGGCAAUGAUCCUUGAUCCAGCAGCUCACAAUCCUCCCUCUGAGCCCCAGUAUUGAUUUCAUUUAGCUUGUUGAAUUUGCCUUCUAAGGAUUCAUAGAGACAUCUCAAAGGCUCUGUUAUUGGCUGAGGGAAAAUCUAACAAAAGAUCUCAGAGCCCCUCCCUGGCCCCAAAAUGGUUUCAGAUGUAACUCACCAUUCCAGAGGAAUGGUAAUAAUGGGACUGCAUUUUCCCUUUUCUCUGGUAUA